AUGCAAAACAGCAACCCUCUGGAACUUAGUUACAGCAAUGAGGAUCCGGCUACAUAUUUGCACUACAAUGGAACCAGAACAACUCCUGACUUACUCCUGGCUUCAAGCAACACCAUUGAGCUUACACUCCGCAAAAUAAUUGACGAUCCUGGUUCUGGUCACAAAUCUGGGAGCAAAAGCAUGACAUGGAAAGUGCCUAAUACUGUACAUUCCCAUGGAUAA